AUGUACGGACCUCAAAGACCUUAUCAACAAUCGGGGAGCAUGCAAAAAGGCAGAGGCAUGCAUAGAGAUAAUGCAGAUAAAAAUUCAGGCACACGACGACCACAGUGCUGGAGAUGUACGAGCUUUUUCCAUACUCCAGGAAAUUGUCACGCUAUCGACAAACGCUGCCGUCGUUGUCAAUCCAUGGGCCACAUCGAACGCGCGUGUAACAAUUAUGCAGGAACAAAACGCCGCCCAGCAGAGGAAGAAGGACCGCACCAUCCAAAAAUACGGAAGAUCGCAGCAAUCACAAAUGGAGAAGACAAUGUGAGCGUAAUAGCGGAUGAGGACAAAGAAACCGCAGAAGUAAUGGCAAUCGAUAGCCAACAAUUCUACGCUUCACUUUGUUACGAAAACUCAAACAAAGCAAUCAUUCGAGGCUAUGUUGCGGGAAUUCCCGUGGGUUUUUUAAUUGACUCGGGAGCAGACGUGAAUACAGUCGACGAGAAUACCUUCACCCAAUUAAAAAGUAGCGGCGUUACAGAAGGAAUUAUAUUUAAUUUAAAAGGAGGCUCAGACCGACCGCCAAAAGCUUAUGGAAUGACGGGCGAAAUUCCAGUUGUAGCCUCGUUUGCGGCUCAAUUACGUAUUACUGAGGAGCGUCCCUGCUAUAUGGAACAGUUUUACGUUAUACAACAAGCUAGACCGCUACUAAGCAGAAGUACAUCAUUGAGAUACAGUGUACUACAACUCGGAAUAAACGUUCCAAUUAAUUCUCCUCCAGGAAGAUUCACACCAAAAAUAUCACCAGGAGAAAUAUUCGUUUUAUCUACGACAAACGAAUUUCCAAAGUUCAACGUUGCCCCCGUCAUGAUUUUCUACGACAAAACCGCCGCACCAUCAAGAAAUAUUUUUACUAAUAUUCCUCCGGCAUUUAGAAAAGAAACCGAGCGACGGUUGGAGGAGUUAUUAUCGUCAGGAAUUGUAGAAAAGGUCACCAACACAAUGGAGAAGUCAUUUUGCUCGUCGCUGUUAGUCGUUCCAAAAGGAAAGAACGACAUUCGCUUAGUGGUUGAUUUAGGGCGGUGGCAACGCUAA